UUCCGCCCAGAGCAGGGAAGGGUUAACAGGAGAGGUUGCAUGUUCACUUAGCAGUGGAGAUUAUGGAAUGUUUAUCCAGCAUUCAGAUUUCCUGUUUAAGUGUUUGGAUUUCCUGAAAUCUCUUCUAUCAGCCCAAGGGGUGUCCAGUGAGUGGCCUUGCUACCCCAGCCCCUUUCGGUAGACUUUCCUUCCUGCUGCCUUACCAAUUGUAUUUGUGUCUCCUUACCGGCCAGGACUUUUAUGGAUGCAAGUCAAAAACUUUUAGGCUCCCAGAAAACAUCUGUGGAUCCCUGGACUUUGGAUUUUCUUUCAGUUUGAACCAAGAAAUCAAAUAGUAACCCCCAAUUCCUGGGAGUUAUCACUGCAGCAGCGUGGACCAUUUUUUCCCUGUUCAACUGCCCGUGGGAAAAUAAUUUUUAACCUUUAAUAUGGAAUGAUGGCCUACAUUUUGGCGGGCACUUCUGGAAUGGGAGAUCACUGUGGACAAGUCUUGGUAACGUUCUUGUGGUGACAGAUGAGACAUGAGAUCUUCAGCCUCCCGGCUUUCCAGCUUUUCCUCUAGGGAUUCAUUAUGGAACCGGAUCAUGCCGGACCAGAUCACUGUGUCGGAGUUUAUUGCUGAGACCACAGAGGAUUACAAUUCCCCAACCACAUCCAGCUUUACUACCCGGCUACAGAACUGCAGGAAUACUGUCACGCUGCUGGAAGAGGCGUUAGAUCAGGACCGAACUGCACUACAAAAAGUUAAAAAAUCUGUAAAAUCUAUAUAUAAUUCUGGGCAAGAACAUGUCCAAAAUGAAGAGAACUAUGCACAAGUACUAGAUAAAUUUGGGAGUAAUUUCUUAAGUAGAGAUAAUCCAGAUCUGGGCACUGCUUUUGUAAAGUUUUCUACAUUGACUAAAGAAUUAUCAACACUCCUGAAAAAUCUGCUUCAAGGAUUGAGCCACAAUGUCAUCUUCACAUUGGAUUCCCUCUUAAAAGGAGAUUUGAAAGGUGUCAAAGGGGAUCUUAAAAAGCCUUUUGACAAAGCCUGGAAGGAUUAUGAGACCAAAUUCACAAAAAUCGAAAAGGAAAAAAGAGAACAUGCAAAACAGCAUGGGAUGAUACGAACUGAGAUAACUGGAGCUGAGAUAGCAGAAGAAAUGGAGAAAGAAAGAAGGCUAUUUCAGCUCCAGAUGUGUGAAUAUCUCAUUAAGGUUAAUGAAAUCAAGACAAAAAAAGGUGUGGACCUUCUACAGAAUCUUAUUAAGUAUUAUCACGCACAGUGCAAUUUCUUCCAGGAUGGCUUGAAGACGGCUGAUAAACUAAAACAAUAUAUUGAAAAACUGGCUGCUGAUUUAUAUAAUAUAAAGCAGACACAAGAUGAAGAAAAGAAACAGCUCACUGCACUCAGAGACUUGAUAAAAUCUUCAUUACAGCUUGACCAGAAGGAGGAUUCACAGAGCAGGCAAGGAGGAUAUAGUAUGCACCAGCUUCAGGGAAAUAAGGAAUACGGCAGUGAGAAGAAGGGUUAUCUUUUAAAGAAGAGUGAUGGCCUACGGAAAGUUUGGCAAAGAAGAAAAUGCACUGUCAAAAAUGGUAUUCUGACCAUAUCACAUGCAACCUCAAACAGGCAACCAGCUAAAUUGAAUUUGCUAACCUGCCAGGUGAAACCAAAUGCAGAGGACAAGAAAUCAUUUGACCUGAUAUCACAUAACAGAACAUACCAUUUUCAGGCAGAGGACGAGCAAGACUAUGUUGCAUGGAUAUCAGUAUUGACCAACAGCAAAGAAGAAGCUUUAAAUAUGGCAUUCCGUGGAGAACAAAGUGCAGGGGAAAAUAGUUUAGAAGAUCUUACAAAAGCCAUUAUUGAUGAUAUUCAGAGAUUUCCUGGAAAUGAUGUCUGCUGUGAUUGUGGAUCGCCAGAUCCAACAUGGCUUUCAACGAACCUGGGUAUUUUAACCUGUAUAGAGUGCUCCGGAAUACAUAGAGAAAUGGGUGUUCAUAUUUCUCGAAUCCAGUCUAUAGAGCUAGACAAAUUAGGAACAUCUGAACUCUUGCUGGCCAAGAACAUUGGAAACAAUAGUUUUAAUGAAAUUAUGGAGGGGAAUUUACCAAGUCCUUCUCCAAAACCUACUCCAUCAAGUGAUAUGACUGCACGUAAAGAAUUUAUUACUGCUAAGUAUGUGGAUCAUAAGUUCUCCAGAAAGACUUGUGCAUCUGCAGCAGCUAAACUGAAUAAACUACUUGAGGCUGUUAAAUCCAGGGAUUUACUUGCACUACUCCAAGUCUAUGCAGAAGGGGUCGAACUAAUGGAGCCACUGCUAGAGACUGGACAGGAGCCGGGUGAAACAGCCCUUCAUUUAGCAGUCCGGACUGCUGACCAGACCUCACUCCACCUGGUUGACUUCCUGGUACAAAACUGUGGAAACCUGGAUAAACAGACAGCAUUGGGGAAUACGGUUCUGCACUACUGCAGUAUAUAUAAUAAGCCUGAAUGUUUGAAAUUGCUUUUGAAGGGGAAGCCAACUAUAGAUAUAGUAAACCAAACUGGAGAGACUGCUCUGGACACAGCAAAGAGAUUGAAAUCUAUCCAGUGUGAAGACUUGCUUUCUCAGGCCAAAGCAGGAAAGCUAAAUCCACAUGUACACGUAGAGUAUGAGUGGAAUCUUCGGCAGGAAGAAAUGGAUGAAAGCGAUGAUGACUUGGAUGACAAGCCUAGUCCGAUAAAGAAGGAGCGUUCUCCAAGACCCCAGAGCUUUUGUCACUCCUCCAGUACUUCUCCCCAAGACAAAAUGGCUCUCCCUGGUCUUAGCACGCCAAGGGACAAACAGCGACUCUCCUAUGGAGCCUUCCCCAAUCAGAUUUUUGUCUCCGCAAGCAUAGACUCCGCAACUUCUCCGACAGGAGUAGAUGCCCCUCCGCUCCCUCCUAGAAAUUCUGGUAAAGGUCUGCCUGGCCCUCCUUCAACCCUUCCUUUAAGCACUCAAACCACUAGUGGCAGCUCCACUCUGUCUAAGAAGAGGCCCCCUCCCCCACCCCCUGGACACAAAAGAACCCUCUCUGACCCACCAAGCCCACUACCUCAUGGACCCCAGAAUAAGGGCCAAAUUCCUUGGGGUAAUGAUUUGGGUCCUCCAGCCACAAAGACUGCAAACAAGUUUGAGGGGAUGUCUCAACAAUCAGGCACUGGGACUGCUAAGACUGCACUGGGUCCAAGAGUUCUUCCAAAACUACCUCAAAAAGUGGCACUAAGAAAAAUAGAGACGAUUCACCUUCCUUCAAUAGACAAGCCCAGUCAACAAUCGGAAACCUUUCAGAAGUCCAUUUCACUUUGUAUUGAUCUGCCACAGAAACCACAACCUGGAGAUUUGCCCCCAAAGCCUCAACCCAUGGAACUACCCCAGAAACCUCAGAUUGGAGAUUUGCCCCCCAAGCCAGGAGAAUUACCCCCCAAGCCCCAGUUAGGAGACCUGCCACCAAAACCACAGCUCUCAGACUUGCCUCCGAAGCCGCAAAUGAAGGACCUUCCUCCCAAGCCUCAGCUAGGAGAUGCUUUGGCUAAAACUCCUGUUGGAGAAAUGUCACCGAAGCCUCAGCCCUCGGAGGCAAAUCAAAAGUCUCAUUCUGUGGAUCUUUCUCCAAAGGUACAAUCGAAAGAGGCCGUCCAAAAGCAAGCAUCUGAAGACUCCAAUGAUGUAACCCAUGCACUGCCAGAGACCCCAGUGCCACUUCCUAGAAAAAUUAACGUGGGAAAGAACAAAGUUAGGCGAGUGAAGACAAUCUAUGAUUGCCAGGCAGAUAAUGAUGAUGAGCUUACAUUUGUUGAAGGAGAAGUUAUCAUUGUGACAGGUGAAGAGGACCAAGAGUGGUGGAUCGGCCACAUUGAAGGCAAGCCAGAGAGAAAAGGGGUCUUCCCAGUAUCCUUCGUCCAUAUUUUGUCAGACUAAGUCGAAUCGGAAACUUGAGCAUUGCACAUCCUUCCUGCAAGACGGGCUUUUAGCACGAAGCAAACAGCUGCUCCCUCCCUGUAAUUCUGUGCACAACUGUGGAUAUAUAUGUAUAUAUAACUGCUGUUACAGAACAAGAACUCAUUUACGGCUCACCCAGCGAGGUGACUUAUACUUGUAUUGUACAUAACGGUGUUACUCUGCCUUUGCCAGUAUUACGGUAGCCUUGGGACCUGGCAUGCCUUAUUGGGUUUGCUCAAGCCAUCCUUGGCAUCAAAGCACUUACAUCUCUUUGUCUGUGUGUAUGAACUACCAGCUCCCUAAAUGUGGUUGGUCUCAUCCGGUCCUGUUUAACUACAGAAAUUACCAUCUCUAAUAAAUCAGUAUUCCUAAAAUAGAUAACUAGCAGAGAGUUAGAUUCAGUUUUCGAAAUGAACUGCUUUGGCUCAUUUACAGCCCUGUUUACAGCUACCAAUGUACACACUUUACAGCUUGCGAAAUCUACUUCCUUGGUAUUGUCAAAGAAAGUGUUCAAUGUACACAUCAAACAAAAGAAAUAUUCACUGAUGCUACAGAUUAACCAGUAGUCUUUUGUGGUGUGUUUGUGUGAACAGGCAUUUCAUGUUUGUAUUAUGUCGUUGGUGUUUCUCCCUCUGAUAUUUACCUCACCUAACACCAUCUGAAAGUCUUCAGUUAAAAUUGCUCUGUCGAAUGAAGGAACACUUAUGGGACUUUUGGCUGGAGGUUUCCUUUCACGGCACCAGGGUCUUAAAAGAUUAGCAGCCCAUCCCUAUCUGCUUAUUAGCAUAUAACUCUCCCUACAACCUCUGUUUAUGCAGAAACGUUAAAAGUGUCUGUCAGCUUUUUCAGGUUUUCACACAGUGCACUCCUGUUACAAUCUGGUUGCCACACAGACUUGAAAGAUGAGUUUACUUGAGCACUAGCGUGUGCUAACAACUAAUUGGCUCAUUUAGAAGACACCUUUGCUGUUGGGGGAUUUGAGCCUUCGACCCACUGGAGCUAUUAAGUCAUAAUGCUCUCUUAGUUCUGUCGCCUGGAGAAAUAAUAAUUAAAAAACAAAACCCUGCCAUCAAAACGAGUGAAAGAUGACCUUUCAUGCAAAUUAUCACCUGUUAAAUAAUGACGCCAGACUGUAACAUCUGGAAUUAAAUUUGCUUUUGUGGAAUCCUAAUUAUGGCUCGAGGUUGAACUUUCAGAAUCUGCCAACAAUCCUGAAACCACUGAGCUGAACUUAGGAAGGAUAUGUUUUGAUCUGAGAUGGCUUUGGAGUUUCCACCCUCCAUCACUUGCAUCUAAAACACAUUCUUUAUUCUGAUCAAUGUAUUAAGGAUAUAUGCUCAUUUCAGAUAUGGUGUUUCAUUAAUUUAUUUGUUGAUCUUUGUUAUAAUAUGCAAAGCAGAAUGUUCUAGUUUUGCUUAUGAUUCACUGAAUGUUUUACAGUGUGGCUCCAUGUGGUUUCCUGGGUUCACCUGGCUUAAAGCAAGGCUGGCUAACCUGUGUCUGCCCCGAUGUUGCUAGGCUACAGUCAUCCCUGAUCACUGGCUAUGCUGGCUGGAGCCAAUUCGAGCUGGAGAUAGACGAAUCUGCAAAGCCACUAGUUAGCCACCCCGACUUUAAACAACUGCUUUUGCAACAGCCCAAAUUUAUUUUUCCUUCACAGCAGAUUCUCGUGACUCCCUGUCAAAAGGUUUCCAUUUCACGAAAAGCACAAGUUCACAUUAAUCACUCCGAGGCUUUCGCUUUUGAUGUUUUACAAACCUGUAGUCAGUGAAUAUUUAUUUUUAUUUAAAUGGUUAACAUACAGAACAUAAUCAACUUAAGAAAUCUUGCAUGAAGAAGAGCAAAAUAUUUAUCAGCUAUUAUUGGAAAGUGGUUUUUAAACUAUUGCUUCAUCUGUGUCAUGACACAUUCUGUUAAAAAAGAUAUAAGCUUUCAAGUGAGUGACUGAGCCUACUGGCAUCGACUCUGCAGUGUUACCGAUUUCAGUGUUUUCUCAGACUCAUGCUGUUUAUAUGAAAGCCAGAACAAAAAAAUGAAUUUGCAUUCCAUAUUGCUCAUCAAUGCAGUGUGCUUCAGAUGCAUUAAAGAACAAAACUGAUCUACCUUUUUUGUCAAGUAUAUUUUAAAAUGAUCUCGAAAUCCACUGGUUGAAAGAGAGAGAGAGAGAGAGAGAGAGAAAGCGCAACCCAUAUAAAGGAGAUCCAGAUGUGUAAAAUGAUGUAGAGUCAAAAUGUCUAUUAUUUUGUAUGCUUUUUUGAAGUAGUAUAAUAAUGAAUUUUUUAAAAAAUAAAAUGAGUUCCAUCAGGAACAAGAGUUGA